AUGGUAAACUUCGACGUUCGUGUGAACCAGGAACUCAGGUUAAAUAAUCCCAUCUUUGUGACUGGGGGGAUUGGGGGUGUGCACCGUCAUUGGGAACAUAGUAUGGACAUAUCUUCUGAUCUCGUUGAGCUAGGCAGAACACCAGUAGCAGUUGUAUGUGCUGGUGUAAAAUCAAUAUUAGAUAUUCAGACGCUUGAAUAUCUGGAAACACAAGGAGUUUGUGUUGCUGCAUACAAGACCAAUGAGUUUCCUGCAUUUUUUACGGAAACAAGUGGCUGCAAGGAAUUAUAUAAUGUACUAGGACUGAAUAUACGGGACCAAUAUAGUAUUGGGUCAUUGCAAAAUUUCAGGGUGUCAGUCGGGUUAGACAGCCCCGGAAGACUGGGCGCAUUAAUAGGCCAGGGGAAAGGCCUUCUUUUUUUUUUGUUGCCCGUUUGUAUUUUCUCCAUGAUUUAUAUUCUUCUGGCAGAUGCAAGCUUCAAACUCAAGCUAGGAACUGGAAUUUUGAUAGCAGUUCCUAUUCCUCAAGAACACUCAGCUUCUGGACACAUAAUUGAAUCUGCCAUUCAUAAAGCCAUUAAAGAAGCCAGGGAAAACAAUAUAACAGGGAGUGCUGAGACUCCUUUCUUGCUCGCUAAAGUAAAUGACCUGACUGGAGGUGCCUCACUUGCUGCAAGUAUCCAUUUUUAAAGUUUUCUCAGCAUAUACAUUAGUAUAAAAUUCAUAUAACUAAAAGUGGACUUUAAGUGGAAAUUUAUCUAGAAUAUGAUUUCAAACGUGAUAGUUAAUAGAGUUAUGAAGACCAGUUCAAACUUUGAAGGACCAAAAAUUUAUAAUUAAUCUCCAUAUUGUCAAGUGUAAAGUGAGCUAACAAACCAUUUUAGACAUUUCUUGUGAGAAUAAUGCUCUUGUGAGAGUCUAAGUUGCAGUAGCCUUGCCGAGAAAAGAAAAAGGUGAAGGUGACUUAUACUUCCAUGAAGAUCUGUUGGCCAAUUCAUGU